AUGGUGCAGAAAUUGGGUUUGAUAUGUGACAAGCACCCAAGGCCAUAUAAACUUCAAUGGCUAAAUGAUACGGGUUCUGUGAGAGUGAACAAGCAAGUGAAGGCUGCCCAUGACAAUUUGACAGGCGAGUCCAGCAUGAUGGGUACACCAACCGGUUUGAGGACAAAUCUUUUUGAGGAGGGAGGGAAUGAUAUGAAUCGAGGGAGCAAGGUGAAGGACCCUUUAGCUCUACUCGUCAGGCCAAUCAGAAGAGCUUGUGCAACUAAGCUACAAGUAGCCUCAAAUGCAUUUGUUCAAGAACAAGUCAUAUUGGAGCUUCAAGAUCAUAACUAUGCAAGGUUUGGGAUUGAACUUGAAGAAGCACCUAAGUUUAUUGUGGUGCUUGAGAUUGUUAAAGCAUCUGUUUUGAACUAUAUUGAUUCUCAUGAACUACGUGAAGAAGGCCUAAAAAUGGUUUUGCAAUGUAAAAUGUAUCCUGAAGAUAAAAACUGUUGGAAGGAAACAGGAGCUGCCAUACCUUGGAGACCUCAGUUAAGUGUCUAUUAUCGAGCCCAUAUCUUGUUUCAAAGGGGUAAUAAACGUAAAUACCCAGAAGAGGUUGAAUUUGUGCAGAUAUUCCAUGAGAAAUAUGGUUCUGAUUGGAAAACUUUGGCUGAGAUACUUGGCAAACAUAGGUUUCAUGUGAAAGAUACAUGGCGUAGAAUAAAACUUAAAAAUAAGAAAGAAGGAAAGUCUGAAGAGGAGUACCAAAAUUUAUUUGAUUUAGUGAAUAAGAAUAUGUGUUUGAAAUCUCUUGAGGAAGUAAGAGAAACCAAACAUGGGAUGUUGCGGGAUAAUAUAUGUUGGACAGCAAUUAGUGACCAGUUAGGUACUAGAACUAAUCCUUCAUGCUGUCUUAAAUGGUACAACAAAUUAACAUCGUCUAUGGUAGCUCAAGGUGAGUGGCUUGACGUGGAUGACUAUAACCUUGUGAUUGCGCUUUAUGAUUUGGAUGCAUGUUGCAUGGAAGAAGUGGACUGGGAUAGUCUUCUGGAACAUAGGACUGGUGAUGUAUGCUGGAAAAGAUGGAACCAAAUGGUCAAGCACAUUGGUGAAUAUGGGAAUGAGUCAUUUACUGACCAGGUUGAAGUACUUAUGAAGCGAUACGGUCUAGAUAUUCUUGAAGCAAGAGAAGCUUAUAACAACAAACCUACAGUUAAUUGAGGUUCUAAAUGAAAUUAGGAACAAGAGGUUGUUAUAAAGCCAUAUAGUUAUUUUGUGGCUUGGUUUAGGUUUGUUUUGAGAUUGAUUGUAGGCUGAUGUUAAGAAUUUUGUGUAGUUAAAAAGUGAAAUUUUAUUGCAUUAGACGUUUUCAACUUCUCUUGAAAUCUCCAUACCCAUUUUGCUUUUUUAUUCGAGUCCAAUAUGAAUAUGGUUUGA